AUCUGGCUUUCGCACGUCGUGUUGGGGGGGCCCAGGGCAGCUCCUCCUAAACCUUCGGAGGAAGCAUGUGCCAAGCUCUCGCCCUCCGAAGCACACUUACUCAGCCAAAGAAAUCGGGGCUUUGCUCGCAGAAUCGAAUUAUUUAUUCGUCCGUAGAUUAGUAUAUUUGUGGCACUUCUUCCACUCUCUUUUACCGCUGCAAACCGUCACCCUGACGCUCCCGUCAACCUCGUCCUUAGUUUCAACUCCAGAUGCACACGAUGAACGAACAUAACUUCCAAACCUCGGUCGCAUCCGAUGCAACAGCACAAUCCGUUGGUGGUGUCACGAUACCAGACAACCUGGCUGAGGAGAAGGCGCAGCAGCAGAACAACGAAGGCAUCGAGGAAGAGGUCAAGUCUGAACAAGAUGAAAAGUCCGAUGAUGUCAAAGAGGAAUAUCCUAGUGGCAUACUGCUGGUACCCAUAUUGAUUGCCAUUUUGUGCGCAAUCUUUCUUACGGCCCUGGAUAUGACAAUUCUUGGGACAGCCAUUCCUAAGAUUACAGACGAAUUUGGAGGCCUCAACAUGGUUUCAUGGUAUGGUUCCGCGUACUUCAUGACGUUCGGCGGUUUCCAGUCCAUGUCCGGCAAGUUCUACCGCUACUUCCCACUCAAGUGGUCCUUCCUGGGUGCCAUCUUCGUCUUCGAGAUUGGAAGCUUGAUUUGUGCCGUCGCGCCAAAUUCUAUAGCAUUUGUUGUUGGUCGCGCUAUCGCCGGUGUCGGCUCCGCUGGCGUAGUGACGGGGGCGUUCACUAUGGCGGCAUUCGCGGCAGAGCCUAAACGGCGACCAGCUCUGAUGGGGAUUGUUGGUGCUGUAUACGGCCUUUCUAGCGUCGUCGGUCCGCUUUUGGGAGGAGUUUUUGCAGACACAGUGAGCUGGCGAUGGUGCUUUUACAUCAACCUUCCUAUCGGCGGCGCCUCUGCAGCACUAAUUCUGUUCACUUACAAGACUCCACCACAAGCCGUUAUCACCCGAGCGACUUGGAAGGAAAAGUUGUUGCAAAUGGAUCCUCUCGGCAUUGCGCUCGUCAUGGGUGGCAUCGUUACAUACAUCUUAGCAUUCGAAAAUGGCGGCCAGAAGCGACCUUGGAACAGCAGCUACGUCAUCGGCCUCUUGGUAGGCUUCGUCGUCAUCGCGAUGACCUUCAUUGCGUGGGAGAUCUUCAACGGCGAGCGUUCGAUGCUUCCACCUCGGCUUCUCCGUGAACGGACCCUAUGGCAACCAUCUGCCUUCAUCUUCUUCUUCUCAUCAUCAUAUCUCGUUUUGCUGUACUACCUACCACUCUAUUUCCAGAGUGUCGACAAUCGCAGCGCAAUCAAUUCGGGUGUACUAAAUCUUCCACUGGUCCUCGCAAUGGUAUUGGGUAGCAUCGUCAGUGGCGGCGUUGUCUCAAAGACAGGCUAUGCUGCACCUUUCAUGAUCGGUGGGGCUAUUCUAGCGACUAUUGCCACUGGUCUGAUGUAUACAUUCGACAUUGGUACUGGGCUGGGCAAAUGGAUUGGCUAUCAGGCCUUUUACGGUAUCGCAGUCGGGUUAGGCUUCCAAAUGGCCAUCAAUACAGGUCAGGCCAAUGCGAGGGCAGAGGACAUGUCCUCAGCGACCGCAACGAUCUUUUUUUUCCAAACCAUCGGCGGCGCAUUCUCGUUGACUGCGGCUCAGUCUGGAUUUGUCAACCGCAUGAUCAAUACGCUUGCGAACACAGCACCGAACGUGAAUCCGCUGGCAGUAGUCGGAUCUGGUGCGACCCAACUUCGGGACAAUUUCGCUGCGGAAGACAUAGCAGGCAUAGUGGUCGCAUAUAUGGCGGGCAUCAAGGUCGCGCUCGCUAUUGCGACCGCUUUGGCUGGUGCAGCUGCCGUGGCUGCCGCAUUGGUACCUCUCAAGAAGCUGAACAUGGAAAAGGUGCAGGCCGGAGCUGCGUAGAUCAAACGCGCCAUAUCUUGGUAGGGCUACACAACAGAUUGCCCGUACUUACGACCAAUGCGACGCUAUUGCUAGGGUUGUGCUUGAGAUACGUAGAUUGUACCUAGAGGGAAGUUUCACUUUCGGUAAUACUCGGACAUGCAUCGCCUUGACACGCGCGAGGCAUGUGUAUUGUCUGAUCUUGUAAUAGUAGAAGGGAUCCAUAGAAUUGAUAUCCAAAAGCGGCCGCUUUCUCGCCGAACCAAGGGAAGUCCGUUGUGCAUCGACUCAAUGAUGUGGUGGCUGGCUGGUGGCCUUGCUGAUCAGCCUGAAGGAUGUGUUCGGAGUCCGAGGUCUCUUCCGCCGUGCAGAUUCGGUGAUUGCCCUCACUUUUCCCCU